AUGGCGGAGCCCCCAUUCAAAAUUGACAACUGGCAAUUGGCCGCGGCCGAGCGACGGCAGAGUCUCUACGAAAGUAUUCCCAAUGACUAUCGGCUACCUACGAAUCUUUCAGACCUGGCUAUUGCCGGCUUGUUGAGACCUGAAGACCAGGCUGUGCUCCAAUGCGGGAUCUUGUCUGAUUUGGACAUGGAAAUCACAAAUAUUACAGAUGCUCCAACACUUGUGUCGUUGAUGGCUAGUAGACAAUAUACUGCAGUCCAGGUCACACAAGCAUUCUGCAAACGAGCAGCUAUUGCGCAACAAUGUCUCGGUUGUUUGACCGUCUUCUUGUAUGAAAGUGCUAUGAGGAGGGCGACGGAGCUAGAUGACUACAUGGCACAAACAGGGAAGUCAGUAGGAAUCUUGCAUGGCUUGCCUAUCUGUUUGAAGGAUAUUUUCGACAUCCAAGGUCAGCCUACAACAGUGGGCUUAGUGUCUUGGUUACCUUACAUAGCAACAAAAAACGCGACCAUCACAGACAGCAUCAUUGCCGCCGGCGGAAUUCUAUUGGCAAAAACAUCGACUUCUCAAGCGUGUCUGAUGGUGGAAUCCAUUAACAACAUAUUCGGCACUGUGAGAAAUCCGUACAACCCCCAACUCAGUGCCGGUGGAUCUUCGGGAGGUGAAGCAGCACUUGUGGCUGCGAAAGGAAGCAUUCUGGGCUCCGGGACUGACGGCGGAGGAAGUAUUCGCUUCCCAGCUGCAUUCUGCGGACUAUGGGGAAUUAAAUGCUCCAAGGGACGUAUUCCGGCUGGUGGGUGCAGCGGUCCAAAAUCUGGCAACGAAUCAGUGAACUCAGGGUUUGGUCCUUUAGCCAAGACCGUGGCGUCUUUAGAAGUGUGGUUACGUGCACAGCUAGCUUCACAACCAUGGGAUGUGGAUUCUAGUUGCAUUCCAAUGAAAUGGGAUGUUUCUAGAGCUGAAAGGGCUCAAGGACCACUUACUAUAGCUGUUAUCUGGGAUGAUGGUGUAGUAAAACCCGCACCUCCAGUUGUGCGGGCGCUUAAGAUUGUUGUAGACUUACUCAAGAAAAAUGGACAUAGAAUUGUACAUUUGCCCGAAGAAAAGAUAAAAGACGUUCACCGUCGGGCUACCUCGUGCUUUAUGAUGUCAAAUGUUCAAGACGGAGGCUUUACCGUAAUGAAACAUAUUGAUUCAUCUGGAGAGCCAGUCGUUCCUCGCACAGCAACAGGUUCAUUAGAAUCACGCCUAACAGCUCGCGAAAUAUUUGACAAUCAUUUGCUCCGAAGCUCCCUUGGAGAUGAAUAUAAUGAUCUGUGGCAACAUCACCAAAUGGAUGCUAUUUUGGCACCAGCUGUUGCGCACCCUGCACCGCCCCAUGGUAAAUACAUCAGCAAUUCAUAUGCCUCUAUAUACAACAUGUUGGAUUAUGUCACUGGGUGCAUCCCCGUUGGCAGUGUUGACUUGGAGCUGGACAAGGCCCCUCCUGAGUGGUAUCAGCGUCAACCAUAUGACAGAAUCGAGCCAGUGCGGUUCCCGUACGACUUGGGGGAUAAAGAAAUGAUGGAUUUGUAUUCCUCUCCUGAAGUUUUUAAGAAUUCACCCAUCGGGGUGCAAAUUGUUUGCCGGAGGCUAAAAGAGGAAAAAUGCAUUGGAAUUCUCAAAGAGAUUGAACGAAUCCAACGAGAGGGUCUCGUCUCGAUAUAG